CUUAUUGAUCUUUGAUGAGGAUAUUCGAGGCGAUCGACUCAUUCCAAGCGAUUAUAAAAUUAACUUUUUAAAAGAUCAAGAAUGUAAAUUACUUUGUAAAAAAGCUUGGAGUGUUGAAGAUGCUAUUCAAGAUAUUAGAUGGUUUAAUUGGUUCAACUGUUUCUUAUACAAAUGAAGCCCCUGAACAUAAUUAUCGAAUUGGAUUUCCAUUGGGUUUUAAAAAGGGAGAGAACACAUAUAUCAAUAAUCAUGUCAUUUUUCAAGUACUUUAUACCGAGAAAGGCGAUAUUACAGGCUUCGAAGUUUAUCCUGACUCAAUUGCAGAAGGAGACUGUAUGAAAAAUUCAGUAGAUUAUGAACAUCAAGAAGUAACAGGUAGAAGAGGACAAGUCAUAUUUACUUAUUCUGUAAAAUGGAAGCAAGUAAAGAAUGCUAAACGUUGGCAGAAUUAUAUUAUACCACAUCCUGUCGGAUAUAGUUUCUGGAAUGGACUGACUGUUGAUAGUGUAUUAUGUAUCAUCAUUGGAUUCAUCUUAUUCAAGACAAUGCCUAAUAACAAUAGCAAUAGUGAAGAUAUUAAGAUUUAUGAUGAUAAUACAGAAGAUUUUACAGGAUGGAAAUUGAUCCAUAGAGAUGUAUUUAGACGCCCUGUUUAUGGUGGAUUAUUAACUCCAUUCAUGGGAACUGGUAUUCAAUUGAUAUUUGUAUUUAGUGGUUUAAUAUGCGCAUUGAAGAUGAAUUGGUGCAAUCCUGUUCAGCCAGGUUCAUUGACUCGUUGGUUUACAUUAUUAUUUUUACUGGGAAGUGUGCCUGGUAGUUAUUGGAGUGCUAGAAUGUAUAAAGUAUUUCGUGGUAAAUCUUGGGUAUUAAAUAGUAUUCUUACAGCAUGCAUAGUUCCAAGUUGUUUAGUUUUCAUUUUAUUUAUAUACAGUAUGAUAGCAUGGACACAUAAAUCUUCUUUAGCUAUUUCAUUAUCAGGUUGGCUAUCUCUGCUUUCAGUUUGGUUUUUUUGUCUAUUGCCCUUAACCUAUUUAGGAGCCUAUUUUGGUGAAAAAGCGGAUCGUAUUGAACAACCCUCACGAAUUACACAGAUACCACGCCUUAUACCUAGUAAGAAUUGGUAUCAAUUAAAUAUAAUUAGAGCGAUAUUAGGUGGUAUUAUCCCAUUCUCUAUUAUAUUUCUAAAUUGGCAUAAUUUCCUUGUAUCCAUAACAAGAGGAGAAUUUGCAAUGUCAAUAGAAGAUACUAUAUGGAAUUCUAUCUUAAUGAUAAUUGCUGUAUCAGAGAUAACAGUUAUAUUUAUCUUUUUACAGUUAUGUUCAGAGGAUCAUCAAUGGUGGUGGUCUUGUUUUAUGAUUGGGGCUUCACCUAUUAUUUAUUUAUUUGGUUAUGGGCUAUUUUAUUUAUUACUAAAAUCUGAUAUAACUGGCUUGAUGAGUAUGACUAUAUAUGUAUUACGUCUAAUUAUGAUAUGUGGGAUGAUAGGUGUAUGUACUGGAACGAUAGGCUUUAUAAGUACAUAUUUAAUGAUUAGACGAAUUUAUUCGACUGUGAAGAUUGAUUAGGUUUUACAUAUUGUGACAGAGAUUACUAUUUUUAGCAAAUAAGAUAAUCGUUUGCUUUUCAAGAAGAUGAUUAGAUAAUCU